AACCAUUUGUUCUUGCAAAUGUUUAAUUAUGUCGACAUAUUUCCCCCUUACAGAUCUCUUCUCUCUCUUUCAUCUGUUCUUCAUGAAGGAAGGGGAUAGUUAUCGUCAUCAAUUCAAGAUUCAUUCGAUCGAACUAACCCUAGCAUUUAAAUCCUCACACUGUUCUUACUCAGCCAGCCAUGUUCUUCAUUGAGGACCUCUUCUCGUUGCUUUACGACCCAUAUUUUGCUCUCUCAGACUCAACCCACCAGAUGCUUUCCAAUUCAAUCUCAAAUCUCGCUUGUGGAAGCGGCACCGACUUAGAUAUAGAAUCAUGUCGAGACGAAUCCGCGGCAUUCAUUCUCAAAUUGGUCGCGAUCACUUCAAUUUUGAUUGCCGGUAUAGUGGGUAUAUCAAUACCUCUGGUAGCAGGGAGAAAGCGUAACAGUUUUCUCGGCACAGAUUCUAAUCUAUUCGUUGUAGCAAAGGCCUUUGCAGCCGGCGUUAUACUCGCAACUGGUUUUGUUCAUAUGCUACCGGACGGUACGUCGGCUUUAACUGAUUCGUGCUUACCGGAAUACCCAUGGUCGAAGUUUCCAUUCUCGGGUUUCAUUGCUAUGAUGGCUGCUUUGGCUACUCUGUUAGCUGAUUUCUUGGGGACUCAGUAUUAUGAGAGAAAACAAGAGAUGCAAAGGGAAGCUCAACAAAUAUCGAGGGUUGAAUCGAUUGAGGCUGUUUCUGACUCUGAUUCAGGUAUAGUUGAAGUUAAGGAGAACUUGAAGGUUUCUACUGGUGGGGAAGAUGAAGGGAUGCAUAUUGUUGGGAUACAUGCCCAUGCUGCCCAUCACAGACAUAACCAUAACAAUCCAGAUGGCCAUGGAAUCUGUGAAGGGAACUCGAAAGAUACCCACAGUCACGGUCACUCACAUAAGUUUGCGCUUGGUGAUUCUGAAGAUGGUGGCUUGAGGCAUGUUGUUGUUUCACAGGUACUAGAACUUGGGAUAGUAUCACACUCGAUCAUUAUCGGUCUAUCACUCGGGGUAUCACAAAGCCCAUGUACCAUAAGACCAUUAAUUGGGGCACUAUCAUUUCAUCAAUUCUUCGAAGGGUUUGCCCUAGGAGGGUGUAUAUCGGAAGCUCGAUUUAAGAACCUGAAAUCAACCAUAAUGGCGUGUUUUUUCGCCCUAACAACACCAUCGGGGAUUGCCCUUGGUCUGGGCAUUGCAAAGUCUUACAACAAUAACAGCCCGAGAGCGUUGAUCGUUGAGGGAAUCUUAGAUUCUAUAUCGGCUGGGAUUUUGGUGUACAUGUCCCUUGUGGACUUGAUUGCUGCCGAUUUCAUGAGUAAGAGAAUGAGUUGUAAUGUGAGACUUCAAAUAGGGUCUUAUUUUGCUCUUUUUCUUGGAGCUUCAUUGAUGUCUUCCCUUGCUUUGUGGGCUUGAAUUUUAUUAUUCUAAUAGAACUUGUAUUUUAUUUUAUUGGUCUUUUA